AUGAAAUAUUCAAUUUUUUGUAAACGCUUAAUCAAUAAUUAUUUCGAUUUAACGUCAAUACAAACAACAGAACCAUCGAGUGGUCCAAUUUAUACAACAUUCACUAACUAUCGACUUGGGAAUUUGGCAGAAAGAUCUGAUUUAUUUUUUACAUCUCCACCACCAACAUAUCGUAAUGAUUUACCACCACCUUAUUCUACAAAACCAGAGACUUCUAAUGUUUCUGAAAGUAUACCUGAAAAUCCUCAUUCUACAAAACCAGAGACUUCUAAUGUUUCUGAAU